GCCACAACUGUCGGAGAACCAUAAAUGAAAACGUGUCCGUCGAGGCAACUGCGUGACCACGGAGUAACGGAGUCGUAGAAGUAUAUUUCGGCCUUUACUUUAACAAAAUCCCCAAACCACUAGUCAGUGUCCCCUUGCUGCCCUUUUGCUGCUGGACUAUAAACAUGGCCAGAAGGCCUUUGCUCUGCCCUGACAGUGAAGGAGUUACUCAGAACACACCAUAUAUAGAUAUAUAUAUUUAAACCCUUGAUCACAUACUACCACCUUCUGAGAGCUGUUUGAGUCACGUUUAUGUUGAUAAGGUUUCUGUUUGGGUUUUCAAUUUCUGCAAGCCUGUUAUCAUUUGUUUGUGUCUAUCACUGUGCUAUAUUUUGUCACUGACAGCUUUAUAAGCUCAAAAAUAAUGACAAUUAUUAUCAUUACUGUUGUUAUUAUCAUUAUUAUCAGUAUUAUUGUUGUUACUAUUACUAUUGUUGUAAAUCACUAUGUUGUCAGGGAAUUCUUUUCAAGGUUUACACACAGAAGAUUGGUUGUGAUAAACGACAUAAUAGUUUUUUCUAAUGUCUAGCACUGUGUUAAAUACAGGUGAUGAAUUUCCUAUACAUUUAAGAAAAAAUAAAUCGACCACAACGCAGGAUAACAAGCAUACAGACCGUGAAUCUUCGUGGCUAAUAAACCCCCUGAGUUUGAAAGAAAUGCUGAGACAAUUCAGCAAAUCCUAACGGAUGAUGCCGCUGCUUGUUUCCCUGGAAGGAUGGGUACCCGGGCUCUUUGGUGUGUAUUUGGCUCGCUUCCUUAACUUGGCCUUCUGGGUAAUGGAGUGUGUUGAAUUGUGUCAGGGAACCAGGCGUUUAUACUGUGCAUUUUCAGUCAAUUUUAAUAAGACUACAGAUACCAAAAUGCCGGCCACAUGAUUUCCGGUACGUAGGGAAAAAGUUUCAAUGAGGGUUGGAAAAGUGAGAGGCGAGGAAGUGGCUCUGUUACAAUUGCAAUCGACUGAAACCGGAGUCAGAGGAAGAGGUGGGCAUUUCGUAAGACGUAAGAGGGGAAGAUUGGCCUGUUUAAAGAAGACGUGACAUCACCAGCGUGCAGCCUAACACACACAUACACAUACACAUACACACACACACACACACACACACACACACACACACACACACACACACACACACACACACACACACACACACACACACACACACAUACAUUCACUCACACACACACAUAUUCACCUAUUCAAAGAGAUGACAAAGGCAUCGAUGGAAACCUCCAUCUCACAAGGCCAAUGACCUUCAACAGUGAUCAUCUUGUCGUUGCAUGUCAGGCUCUGUGAUGGAAAAUCGUGAUGAUGAAGGAGACCACCACCAGCACAGCACGACGGGCGGCGAGGCGGGCCACACGGGGGACGGCACCCCACCCCCAAAGCGCAAGGGCAAGUUUUCUACCCUGGGCAAGAUCUUUAAGCCCUGGAAGUGGCGCAAGAAGAAAAGCAGUGACAAGUUUCAGGAAACUUCAGAAGUUCUGGAGAGAAAGAUGUCGAUGAGACGCCCACGGCAGGAGCUGAUCGAGCAGGGUGUGCUAAGGGAGCUUCCUGACAACGAGGCCCACAACGCUCACGGGUCCAAGCCGCCUUAUGUGAAGAAUGGACACACCCUACCAGUAGGGGGCACCGGUGGCGGGGGUGGCCGAGGGCACGAGGCUGGCAGGCUCCCCUCCGAUACGGACCAUCGAUCUAACCAACCCUGGCUACCCCAGUUGGAAGAGCAGUGGGUGCGGAUCCCCCAGGACGGGGACCGGCGUGGGCCCUUGGGCCCCCGGGGGCCCAGCCUGGAUGACCCAAGAGAAGGCCGGAGAGGUGGCAGGCAGGGUGGAGAGGAGCGGAGGCAGGGGCCGGGCUGGCAGGCUGAAGAAGGACGGCGCGGAGGCAGAGGGCACCUGAACGGUGAGAAGAGGCCGGGGCUUCAGAAGGGACUGUCGGAGGACGGGCGGAGGACACGACCCGAGGCUGAUUGGAAGCCCACCCUCCCCAGGCAUGCUUCUGCCGAGGAGGGGAGAGGACGCAGAGGGUCUGACAGUCACUUCGUCCCCGACUCCGAUACCAUGCGGGACACCUUACGAGAACCCCUGCCCCCGAAACAGUCCGUUAUGCCUCCGAAGUGGCUGAUGACCUCCACCCCAGAGCCUGGUGCCGAGGGCCCUCCCCGGACCCCCGUCCACAACCCUCCCGCCGCCUUCUCUUCGGCCUCCUCCUCUUCCUCCUCUUCGUCCACCGCCAUUAGCAAGCCUCUCAGGGCAGUGUCGUCCGCCGGUGCCAACACACAGGCCUCGAGCACACUGCCGCCACCCUCGUCCUCUGCCGCCCCAGCCGGUGGUGCCACCCAGCAGCCUAAGCAGCCCCCGCUCCCACCCCCCAAACCUGUCAACCGCAGCGUCAACACUGGCAUGCUUGCUGCCAAUCUCCACGGGGGCGAUAACCCCCAGCUGCCCCUCUACUGGUCCUGUUGGAAGCGGGAGGGUGAAUACGACGUCUACCUGUCCCUGCCCGUCUACCUGUGCAAGCGUCCAGGAGGCAUCCGCGCAGCUGAGAUCCACCAGAUCACCGGAGGCCACAGCCUGGUUCCUGCCAAGCCCUCCCCGCCCAUGCCCCCUAAGAGAACCACACCCGUCACCAAGCGCAACACCGAAGACCCCUCUCCCUCCGCCUCCUCCAUGAGCAACCAGAGUAGCGCGGCCUCAUCCGCCCUCACCCCGGAGGACCUCUCCGGCUUUCCCGUCGGGUUCCAGCUACCUCCACCCCCUCCCUCCCCGCCCCUGCCCUCCCACAUCCCCCCUUCGCCUCCACGUCUGCCCCACACGCACUCACACCUGCUGCAACACCAGCACUCCUACCCUCACCCCAUCCCCCAGCCCAUCCCACCGCCCCAUUUUGACGCCUCUAGCCCCGAGGAGGAGGAAGAGGAGCAGCCCCCGCGGCAGGCCCCCGUGCCCCUGCACAUCAUGAUCCAGCGGGCGCUCAACUCGCCCGGGCCGACCGCGCCACACCCAGACAGCUCACAGCGCUCCGCCCACUCGCUGCUCUUCGAGACGCCGGCCGAGUACGCCUCCGACGCCCGCGGGAGGCCGCUGCAAGUCACCAUCCAGCCCCUCAAGCUGGCUGAAGAUGACUACUCGGACAGCGAAGAAGAGGAGGAGGAUGAUGAGGGAGAUGAAGAUCAGCCCCCGCCAGAGCACCUGCCGCCCCCCCAGCCAGAGCUGGAGCCUCGGAGCCGGCGCUGCAUGGUGGGGGAGCCGAGCGUAAGCGUCAUCCCAGAGGGGGGGGACAGCAGCGAGGAGGAAGACGAGGAUGACGAAGACGAGAGAUUACACCGAACGGCGGAGGAAAGCGACUCAGAUGGGCCUGUUCUCUACAAGGAUGAAGACUCGGACGAGGAUGAGGAGGAUGAGGACCCUCCCAGUGCGCUGGCGAGCCGGGUGAAGCGGAAGGACACUCUGGCGCUGAAACUGAGCAGCCGGACAUCGGCCACGGAGUGGCAGCACGCGGAGAGGGAGAGGGAGCGGGAGAGAGAGAGAGAGAGGGAGAGAACCGUGAGGGACAGGCAGCAAGGACCAGACUGGCCAGCCCGCGCCGAGCACACCGGCCUCUCAUGGCAGAGCAAGGAACAGUGGGAGUCCCUCCGCGCACAGAUCGGUACCGCGCUGACGAGACGCCUGAGCCAGCGGCCUUCUGCAGAGGAGCUGGAGCAGAGAAACAUCCUUCAACCCAAGAACCACGCAGACAGACAGGCGGAAGUGCGCGAGAUCAAACGCAGGCUCACCAGGAAGCUGAGCCAGAGGCCCACCGUUACUGAACUCCAGGCCAGGAGGAUCCUUCGAUUCCAUGAGUACGUGGAAGUGACCAGCGCACAUGAGUACGACCGGCGCGCAGACAAGCCCUGGACCAAGCUCACCCCUGCAGACAAGGCUGCCAUCCGGAAAGAGCUGAACGAGUUCAAGAGCUCAGAGAUGGAAGUCCAUGAGGAGAGCCGAAUCUACACAAGGUUUCAUCGGCCUUAGCCUCCUCGCAAAACUGGACUAUGAAGCACUUACCUGGUGAAAGGCAACAAGGAAAAGACAUGUGCAUUUCCGCUGGAGCCUCAGGGUCCUAGUGCCACCUCUUUCUCUCUCUCUCUCUCUCUCUCUCUCUCUCUUUCUCUCUCUCUCUCUGGACUGCCUUUAGCGUUUCUGAAUGUACUGUACAGACCAACAGGGAAACCUGGACCACCACUUUAAAGCAAAAACUAACACUCGACAGUCCCAUCCGCUCUCAUGUGUAAAUAUUAACUAAAAGCAAGGAGGGGCGGGGGGCAGCCAGGUCGAGCCCAGAGGAACAUGCAGUAUUUCUCCCCGGCCACCCGGGGGCAGUCAUGUGCCAAGACACUAAUGUGGCUUUUGGAGGGGAGGGGGGACUGUACCAUUACACAAGAAGAGGGACAAAACGUGUGGCGCUUCACUCACACCUGCUACAGUCCUCAGGGAGCAGUUCAGGGAGCAGACACAUCUCCUCCCCCCCUGGUCCACUCAGUUUGGGAGGGUCAAGGAGACCACUGUUUACUCUCGCUCUCUCUCUCUCUCUUUCAGCUUUUACUUGGUCUGGCACAGUUAUAUCGCUCUGUGGCACUGUAAUAAAAUUAUUCACAGUUAUAGUAAUAAUGAUGAUAAUAAUGACAAUAAUGUCUAUGGUGACAAUACAGUAAUAAAGCAUACAGUAAUAAUAAGUGUUAGUUACCAGUUGCCAUGAAGAGAAUGGGCAUGGGGAGUCCGAAGGACUGCAAGGAUGUUCAUGCGGGGAGGCACGAGCUCUGGGAUGCGUGUUUAUAUGUGUAUGUGUGUAUAGGUUGUUGUAAUAUGUGUCGCUUAGACUGACAGUUUGGAAAGUUAUUAUCAUAAGAUGACUGUAAUUGUCAAAUCUUUUUUUUUUUCAUUUUGAACACAUCCUUAUGGCCUUUCAUUCAGUCUCUACUAUGAAACCUUCAAAGGUUGCCAUGUUACAGUUGCCAUUUUAGCCAACAGUUAAGAAAACAAAGGGGAUGAUAGAUGUUAACAUUUUUAUUUUAGUUGCACUUUUUCCUCUUUUUGUUUUUAGUUUUUACAUGUUUUAAAACCCAUGUCAUGCAGACACAUAAAGAAAAUUUCAUAUCACUGCUGUCAUAUAAUGAAGUAUAGAUCAGGUUUAUUCCAUGUUAAAAAUGCAUUGCUCUGUUCUGUUCAGCCCUUAAAUACAAGGUCCACAAAUGUGUUCAACCUGAAAUUAGCAGACUAAUUAGUACAGACUUACUAGUCAGAAUGUACAGCCUAUACCCUAAAGUACACUGAAACGUGUAUGUUUGAAUCAGAUGAAGCAAAUGACUGAAUAAGAGGGUUUACAGAGCACACUUUGUGAAAUUAAUUUGUAUUACCUUGUGAGCUGAAUGACAGACAGGGAAACCAUUUCGGCAGGAACAUACUUAUUUUUCUCUACUUGUGAAGUUUGUCUCAUGAUUCAAGGCCAGUAGAUGAGAAAGUGUUCUGAUGUAUAGAUUGAUUCUGUAGAUUAAACUGACUGUGUAUAUCUGGUCUUCCUUUUAUUUGGAAAAAUAUUUUAAAUAUAAUAAAUGUGAUAUAGGUUGCUAUUUUUUUAAGCACAAAAUAGUGUAUGAUUCUAUGAGAACUACGAGAAUGGGAAUAUGAAAAUGUACCUAUUCUAUUUUAGAGAUGUAUGUUUCUUUUUUUUUUAAUAUGACAGUAAUAUUUCAGUAACUGACGGUAACACUCAUUAGCUGUAAAGUCAUCUCAAAAUCCCAAUUAAAUGCUUUAAGUAUUAAGAUGCUCGUGUUGUGUAUCAAACUGAGUAUGUUUCUAAUCAACUGAAUAUGCUUGCACUUGAGAAAUAAAUUCAUUGUUAUUGGUUGUUA